GGGCCGGGGCCCCCCGGCGACGGGGCCACCCGACGGCGUAGGCUGGCGCCCUCCGGCCUGGCGCUGGGCCCCGGGGCCAUGGCGUUCACCUUCGCCGCGUUCUGCUACAUGCUGACGCUGGUGCUGUGCGCAUCCCUCAUCUUCUUUGUCAUCUGGCACAUCAUCGCCUUUGACGAACUGAGGACCGACUUCAAGAACCCCAUAGAUCAGGGCAACCCAGCGAGGGCACGAGAGCGUUUGAAAAACAUUGAGCGGAUCUGCUGCCUCUUAAGGAAGCUCGUGGUGCCCGAGUACUCCAUCCACGGCCUCUUCUGCCUGAUGUUCCUGUGCGCGGCGGAGUGGGUGACCCUGGGCCUCAACAUCCCACUCCUCUUCUACCACCUAUGGAGGUAUUUCCACCGCCCGGCAGACGGCUCCGAGGUCAUGUACGAUGCCGUGUCCAUCAUGAACGCAGACAUCCUCAACUACUGUCAGAAGGAGUCGUGGUGCAAACUCGCCUUCUACCUGCUCUCCUUCUUCUAUUACCUGUACAGUAUGGUUUAUACGUUGGUGAGUUUCUAAAGGGGGAAGCCGGCCAGGGAAUGAACCCCGAGAACGGACCGGACGCCUGUGGACCCCCAUCCCCGAGACCCUUUUGGACAGCAGAGAAGAGCCACUCCCCGCCCCCC